CCGGUGAGGGGGCGGAGGCGGCUGGCGAUGGCGGGGCGAGGCGCCAGGCCGGGGGCGCUCCUGCUAAUGCUGAUCUGCUUUGACGUUGGAAAUGGACUGCACUUUGAGAUAUUAAAAUCCCGAGAAGACAAGUAUUGGCGAUCUAACCGAACUCACUUGGGGCGACAGAAGCGAGAGUGGAUCACUGCACCGGUGACUCUCAUGGAAGAGGAGGAUUUGUCCGAUAAGAAUCCAAUUGCUAAAGUACAUACUGAUCAUGUUCAGGAUAAAAACCUAAAAAUAGAAUAUGAAUUCACCGGAAGGGGGAUCACAGAACCACCUCUUGGUGUGUUUGCCUACAAUAAGUUUACUGGAGAACUGAAAGUACUGAAAAAGCUUGACCGAGAAGAAGUUGCAUUGUAUAAGCUCAGAUGUGUUGCACUGGAUGAAAAUAGAAACCAUCUGGAAACACCGUUAGAACUUCGAAUUAAAGUUCUAGAUAAAAAUGAUAACAGGCCGGUGUUCACCAACAGUGUCUUCGUUGGAGCGGUAGAGGAGUUAAGCAGUUCAAAUACACUGGUGAUGAAAAUCAGUGCAACCGAUGCAGAUGAACCCAAUUCUAAAAAUUCCAGAAUCACAUACAUGAUUUCCUCCCAGGUGUCUGGCCUUCAGAACAUCUUUAAAAUUAAUAACGAGACCGGCGAAAUUCGAACAAAUGUAUUCAACUUGGAUAGAGAGACACAGAGCAGUUACACUUUGAUGGUGGAAGUGACAGACCUGCCUGAAGACAAAACCAGCCAUCCACCUAUUCAAGCCGAAGCGCAGAUCAAGAUUUUGGAUGUCAAUGACAAUUUUCCCAUAGUUGAAAAGGAGAUGUAUGAAGGAAUCAUUGAAGAAAAUCAAGUUAAUGUGACAGUAAUGCGCAUAAAAGUAACUGACAGAGAUGAAAUGUAUUCCAGUAACUGGUGGGCAAAUUUUACAUUUGCCUCUGGAAAUGAAGGCGGUUACUUCCGAAUCGAAACUGACCUUAAUACCAACGAAGGAAUUAUCACUCUUGUUAAGAAAGUUGAUUAUGAAGAACUGAAAAAUAUUGACUUGAGUAUUGUUGUGACUAACAGAGCACCCUUUCACAAGUCAAUUAUCAACAGCUACCGACCCAAACCGAUCCCCGUCAAAAUCAAGGUGAAGAACGUGGAUGAAGGCAUUUAUUUUAAAAACCCCACUCUAGUCGUCCAUGCAAGUGAGAGCAAGGAGGAGACGUCGCUACUUAAAGUGAUUGGAAAAUUCCAAGUCUACAGCAAAGACACGGGAGAAAUAGCUCUUGCAAAAUAUGUCAAAGGAGAAGACAGAGAAGACUGGAUUACAGUGGAUUCCGUUACCUCUGAAGUAAGAUUCGCCAAAGUCCCCGAUUAUGAAUCCAGAUUCGUGAAGAAUGGUAUUUACACGGUGAAGAUCUUGGCUAUAACAGAAGGUUUUCCUCGGAAAACAGCCACCGGCACCGUGGAAAUUCACGUAAUAGACAUUAACGAUAACUGUCCGAGGCUUGUCGACCCGGUGAAAACCCUCUGCGAAGAUGCUGAAUUUGUGAAUGUCACAGCUGAGGAUCUAGAUGGUUACCCCAAUAGUGCUCCUUUUACAUUCACGGUCAUCGAUGACCCUCCGGGAAUUACAGACGAAUGGGUCAUUGGACAGCAAGAAAGUACCAGUGUGCUGCUGCAGCCCAAGCACCUGAAGGUGGGCAGAAGUCAAGUCCAGAUCUCCGUGAAAGACAACCAAGGCUUAAACUGCCCUGACAAGCAGCUCCUCAGACUGACCGUCUGUCAGUGCGUGAGCGGGGGCGGCUGUCUACAGCCCUACGGCAGCCAGAAUGUGCGGCUGGGGUCCGGCGCCAUCGCACUGAUGAUUUUUGCCCUUCUGCUGUUGCUGCUGGUGCCCCUCCUGCUGCUGCUGUGCCAGUGUGGGGAAAAGGCCAAGGGCUUCAGCGCCAUAUCCGACGGACCCGUCCAGAUGCUGCACUUGUGGAACAGCGAAGGGGCACCCCCUGAGGACAAGUCUCUACCAGCUAUAGCCCCAGAUCACGGGGAAAUCUUCACCGGGACAGGCUCCGGACUGGCCACCAAAAGGAUCGAUUUGUCCACUGGGAAAGGAGCCGGAAUGACCACGGUGGAUGGACGGUGGGAGGAGCACAGAACCCUUCUUUCCAAGACAUUCGGUGAAGCCAUGGGAACAGUCACAUCCACGGGAGCGGCCGGAGCCACCAAGGCCUUCGAGUCCCAGGGAGCUGCUACUGUCCUGAAUGAAGAAUUUUUGAGAAAUUACCUGGUUGACAAAGCCGCCGCCUACGCUGAAGCUGACCAGGCUCACGUGGCCCAGGACUGCCUCCUGGUUUAUUCCCAGGAGGCGAGCGAGGGAUCGCCAGCAGGCUCCAUUGGCUGCUGCAGCUUCAUCGAAGGUGACCUGGAUGACCUUCUUCUGGAUGACCUGGGAGACAAAUUUAAGACUCUGGCGGAAAUCUGCUCGGAGUCCACGCGUGCAGCCGCUGGAGUGGCUGGGGCUUCCCGGUCGCCGUACGACGAUCGGAGCGCGUCCGGGGCCUCCAGCCUCCCGUGGCCUCGGUCCGGGGCUGAAACUCACGUGGAAGCUGUGGGCCGCCAAGCAAUCGUUGAAAGAUCCUCGUCUCAGCAGGUGCCGGCGGCGGCUCUCUCUCCUCCCGGUAGACACAGUGGUAGGAACAUCACGGCCACCGACACAGCCUACUCCGGCGCCAGUCUCCGACCCCCGCAGCACGUGGCGGAGGCCCAAAUGGAAGCUCUGACGCGCCAAGUGAUCACCGAAACGUCCUCUAAGCAAGCCGUGUCCGCCGAGAUCUCCUACUCCUCGAGUCUCCGGCCCCCACGGCCCACAUCCGAGACCCACGCGCCGCGCCAAGUGAUCGCCGACGUAUCUUCCUCUAAUCAAGGGGUGGCGUUUGCUCCGUCUCUUCCCAGAUCCUUCCCCAACGGGAACAUCCUCGUGACGGAAAAAUCGUCCGGCUCCGGCCUCCAGCCCGGCGCGCUGAUCCUCGAUUCUCAGCUCCCGCCCAAGCUGGUAGUGGCCGAGAGGGUCCUUGCUCCUGGCUCGAGUUCGGCGGAGAACAACAUCGUGGUCACGGAAAUGGUGGUCAAUGACCGCGGUCCGGCGGGCGGUGUCCUGAGCGCCCGGGAUCUGGCCGAUUCCCACUACGUCGUGGUGAGGGAGACAGAGAGGGUGCUUGCGCCCAGCUCCGCCCUGCCGCUCCCAAACUAGAGGUCGGCCCCUGGUUCGGAGCACCGACCAGCUCCUCCUCUCGUCACCCGAAAGGGCCGGAGCCAAAGGCGCGCUGUAACCUCCGGAUGCCGUCCUGGAUACCGGAGGAAAACCGAUCUAUCUAUUCUUGCCUCUGCUGCCGAGCGGAAAGAGAGCUAGGCUGGCUGGCGGGGGCCGCGGCACCGGUCCCUAACUAGCUCCUGGCCGGUGUGCUGAGGGCCGAGUCCCAAGGCCCCCGCUCGAACGCCAGCUUGGUCGUUCCCUCCUCUCACCCGGCGGUUUCGACCUCUCCAAGCUCCCGGCAGAGCCGCUUCCCUCAGUUCCCCUGACCCCUGUGGCCAUCCUCACCUCCGCUCUCUCCCAUUUCCCUCAACUCCUCUGACUCUCAUUGUUGUAUUGAGCGCUUACUGUGUGCAGAGCA